AUGGCUCAACGCACCAAGAAGGUUGGAAUCAUAGGUAAAUACAGAACCUCUUACGGUGCCUCCCUCAGGAAAAUGGCAAAGAGGAGUGAAAUAAGUCAGCAAGCCAAAUACACUUGCUCCUUCUGUGGCAAAACCAAGACAAAAAGAGGAGCUGUGGGGAUCUGGCUCUGUGGCUCCUGCAUGGAAACCAUUGCUGGUGGUCCCUGGACCAGCAACACUACAUCUGCCUCACAGUAA